AACCCUAGAAAAAAAAUCCAAUUUCAGGGUUUAGUUUCGUGAAACCCUCCGACGAAAUUUGUAAAACUUGUAAUUGUAAGCAGAAAUGCCGAAAUCCAAGAGAGAUCGAGCAGUGACGUUAUCGAAAACAAAGAAGAAAGGGAGAGAGCAUAAAGAGAACAUUGUGAACUCCAUUCGGGAGGCUGUAGAGCAAUAUAAUUCCAUAUAUGUUUUUAGCUUUGAGAACAUGAGGAAUCUUAAGUUUAAACAGUUCAGGGAGCAGCUUAAAUCCACCAGCAGAUUUUUUCUUGGGUCGAACAAGGUCAUGCAGGUUGCGCUAGGCCGCUCUGAUUCUGAUGAAAUAAGAACGGGCCUUCACAAAGUGUCCAAGCUUCUUCGUGGGGAUGCUGGGCUUUGUGUAACUAAUAUGUCUAAAGAAGAGGCCCAAAGAAUAUUUAAUGAGUACGAAGAUUACGAUUUUGCUAGGACGGGCAGUAUUGCUACAGAAACGGUGGAACUUAAAGAAGGUCCGCUGGACCAGUUCACACAUGAGAUGGAGCCAUUCUUGCGCAAGCAAGGAAUGCCGGUGCGCUUAAAUAAAGGAGUGGUGGAACUUGUUGGGGAUUUUGUUGUUUGUGAAGAGGGGAAACCCAUAUCGCCUGAAUCUUCUCGCAUACUGCGGUUAAUGGACAUGAAGAUGGCUACUUUUAAGUUAAACUUGAUAUGCAGAUGGAGUCCUGAAGACUUUGAACUUUAUCAAGAAGGUUUGGAAGGUUCGGAUAUUGAAUCUGCUUAAUUUUCAUUUUGCUGUACCAAGUUAUAGUUAGGGCAGGUUUGGAAUUCAAUGUUUUAAAUGGUUGAUUUUCCAUAGCAACAUCAUUUCAAUGUUUUAAGCUAUAUUGAAUCUGCUUAAUUUUCAUUUUACAUCAUCACACAAUAUAAAAUGUGAUUCUUGUUUU